AUGACCCCGUCUGUCGCCGAGGCCUCGGCGACCCAAGAUCCGAUGCAUGUGAUCAUAGCCGGGGCUGGCAUUGGCGGGCUAGUGCUGGCCGUGGGACUGCUCAAGGCGGGAUUCAGGGUCACGGUCCUCGAGCGUGACCUGACCGCCAUUCGUGGCGAGGGGAAGUACCGCGGACCCAUCCAGCUGCAGAGCAAUGCGCUGGCAGCGCUGGAGGCCCUAGAUGAGCAUGUGGGCCAGAGGAUCCUGGACGAGGGCUGCAUCACGGGGGACAGGAUCAACGGACUCUGUGACGGCAUCACAGGGGACUGGUAUGUCAAGUUUGACACCUUCCACCCUGCUGUGGGCCGCGGCCUGCCAGUCACUAGAGUCAUCAGUCGGACCAGAUUGCAGGAGAUCUUGGCCGAGCGAUGCUGCGAGCUGGGCGGACCUGAUGCCAUCUCAAACAAUGCCAACGUCGUUGACUUUAUUGACGAGCGGGAUGCUGCGGGUCACGUCACUGCCAUCCUUUCGGAUGGACGGCGGGUGAAGGGGGACUUGCUGGUCGGGGCAGACGGCAUUUGGUCAAAGGUCCGAUCCAAGCUGCUAGGCGAUUCCAAGCCAAACUACUCUAACUACACGUGCUACACUGGCAUAGCUGAUUUCACCCCCGGUGACAUUGAUACAGUGGGAUACCGGGUGUUCCUGGGCAACGGCAAGUACUUUGUGUCCAGCGAUGUGGGCGGCGGCAAGAUGCAGUGGUAUGCCUUCCACAAAGAGCCAGCGGGGGGCUCAGACCCGCCAGGUCAGCGCCAGGAACGACUCAUGCGUAUCUUUGGCUCCUGGUCUGACAACGUGACGGAUCUCAUCAUGGCCACUCGAGAGGACGACAUUCUUCGGCGCGACAUCUUCGACCGGCCCCCCACCAUGACGUGGUACAAGGGCCGAGUGGUUCUGCUGGGCGAUUCGGCACAUGCCAUGCAGCCCAACCUGGGUCAGGGAGGGGGCAUGGCGAUCGAGGAUAGCUUCCAGAUGGUGCAGGAGCUGCGGUCCAGCGGCAGCCGCUCCGUGGCGCACAUCCUGAGGCAGUACCAGCUGCGGCGCAUGCUGCGCUCCUCCGUGGUGCAUGGUAUGGCGGGCAUGGCGGCCUUCAUGGCCUCCACCUACAAGGCGUACCUGGGCGAGGGCCUGGGCCCGCUGAGCCGCAUGACAGCCUGGCGCAUUCCGCACCCGGGCCGUGUCAUGGGUCAGGUGGUGAUGAAGGCCUCCAUGCCGGCGGUGCUGGGCUGGGUGCUGGGCGGGAACGGGUCCUCGCUGGCCUCCGCGGAGCGUGUGCCGCGCUGCAUGCUCCGCGACAGGCCCUCCGGCUUCGAGCCGGGCCAGUUCGACACCCUGCUGCGGGACGACGCCGCCCUACUGCGCGCCGCCAAGGCCCACUGGGUCCUGGCUCCCAUGGCCGGCACGGGAGCUGGGGCGGGGAAAGGGGUGAGCUGCGCCGGCAAUGGGGCGGGGAGCGGCGCGGGCAGUGGUGCCGCCGGCCAGCCCUGGACCCGGCUGGGCGCCGAUGGCCUUGUCAUGGGGUCUGGCGGGGAUGCGGGGGUUAGAGACCCCGCUGCAGCGCUCCGCCAUGCCUGGGUGCAGAGCCAUGAGGGCGACUACCUCGUGACCGACCUUGGCAGCGGCCAGGGAACCUUCCUGAACGACAGGCGGCUGGUCCCAAACGUCCCCGUCCGGCUCCAGCCCGGGGAUCUCAUCCGGCUGGGUGCAGCAAAGGACAGCCCCGCCUUCCGAGUGAAGCUGCAGCAUGUAUCCAUGGCUGAUGAUGUGGACCGCAGCGCAUAUGGCCAGGAGACGGACAGGCCCCUGGUGGGCGUAUGA